UCAUAAUCUGAUUUUCAUUAGGGGGAUAACCUCUGUAUGUUCCCCUUUAGGUUAGAUUUUUUAUUUAUCUAGAACCAUAAAUUAUCUCCUGCUAAUCGAGGAAGAAGGGAAAAAAAAAAAAAGGAACUUCAUGGAAACGAUAUGGCAUAUAUAAGAGCAGUAGAGUCCGAAAUGAUAUGCUUUUGUUCCCUAGAUUAUUUAGAAUCUGCAAGGCCGUGGCCAUCACAAUGAGGGGCUUCAUCCUAUAUCUCCUCUCUGCUUCCUCAGUCGCCGUUCUCUCUACUUUACUCCUCCAUGUUCGGGACACCGGAGAAACGCGCCUUAAACUCGAAUCGAGUUCUGAGAAAGUUUGGCCCGAGUUGGAGUUCGGGUGGAGAGUGGUGGUGGCGACGGUGAUAGGAUUCGUGGGGUCAGCGUGCGGGACGGUUGGUGGGGUUGGCGGAGGAGGCAUUUUCGUCCCCAUGCUCACCCUGAUCGUUGGCUUCGACACUAAGUCUGCUGCCGCUCUCUCUAAGUGCAUGAUCAUGGCGGCAUCGAUAUCAUCAUUUUGGUACAAUUUGAGAGUUCGGCACCCGACGAAGGAAGUUCCGAUCAUAGACUACAAUUUGGCCCUUCUAUUCCAGCCCGUGCUAAUGCUCGGCAUCACGGUCGGAGUGGCUCUCAGCGUCGUCUUCCCCUACUGGCUCAUCACUGUCUUGAUCAUCAUCCUCUUCUUAGGGACUUCGUCGAGGUCUUUCUACAAGGGCAUUCAGAUGUGGAAGGAAGAGACGAUCGUGAAGAAGGAAACGGCCCGACAGCAAGAAGAAGGUCCGGUCAACUCUCGCGGGGAACUUCUGGUUGACACGGCACACGAGCCAUUGAUACCCCGAGAAGAGAAAUCGGAAAUGCAAAUAGUACGUCUCAACCUCAAAUGGAAAAUGAUGGUGCUGCUGCUGCUUGUGUGGGCCUCCUUCCUACUUCUCCAAGUCUUCAAGAACUGCGUAGCGGUGUGCAGCAUAUGGUACUGGGUUCUCUUCUGCUUGCAGUUUCCAAUUGCAGUUGCAUUGUUUGGAUUCGAAGCGGUGAAGCUGUACAGAGAGGAUAAGAAGAGAAUAUCCACGGGAAACAUGGACGGCAGAAUAUGUGAGGCCACGAUCCACUGGACCGCCGGGCACAUCGCGUUCUGCGCUCUCUGCGGCUUAUUGGGUGGCUGCGUUGGGGGCCUGCUUGGCUCCGGCGGCGGGUUCAUCCUGGGUCCACUCCUGCUCGAGAUCGGCGUCAUUCCACAGGUCUCAAGUGUAACUGCGACAUUUGUGAUGAUGUUCUCGUCGUCCUUGUCCGUGGUCGAGUUCUACCUGCUUAAGCGAUUCCCAAUUCCGUAUGCUCUGUACCUCAUGUCAGUAUCAACUUUGGCCGGUUUCUGGGGGCAAUACUUAGUAAGGAAACUCAUAACAAUCCUGGGGAGGGUUUCCAUCAUUGUGUUCAUCCUCUCCGGUGUCAUCUUUGUUAGUGCUCUCACGAUGGGAGUUGCUGGGAUCGAGAAGAGCAUCGUGAUGAUCCACAAGCACGAAUUCAUGGGGUUCCUGAACUUCUGCAGCAGUCAAUGAUCAUUGACGGCAGUAAUUUGUAUGUGGAAGAAGUUGCUCAAUUUGUUCUGAAUUGGUGAAAAGAAAAUGGUCAAUGGCCGGUUGACCAUCCCGUCGAUAGAAACGAUACGCGUUGAGAAUAAGGGUGAUCAUGAGUCUUAGCUACCAUUAGUUUCGUACAAUUCUUCGGAAAAUAAGUGUCAUUUGCUUUUUGCUAAAUGUGAUUUGUUGUUACUUGCGGAUUCGAUGGCCAAUAGACAUCGAGCACGAAUUGAGAAAUUGCGGAUUCGAGCCGAUUUUGUUGUAACAUGUAAUCAUGUUCAGCGUGUUAAUCAAGCACCUAGAAACUCAUUCUUAGGUA